AAGCAGAAGGAGUCGACACAGCAGGUUCUCAUAGCCCUGUCUCUGCUAUCAGCCUACAGAAGUUCCUGAAGACAUGCAGUCCUGCCGAGUGCGCUGUGCCCUGACCCUUCUCUCCCUGGCCUUGGCUGUGAGCUCUAUCUCAGCUGCACCUACAGACCCGAGACUUCGCCAAUUCCUGCAGAAAUCACUCGCAGCAGCAGGGAAACAGGAAUUGGCCAAAUACUUUUUGGCAGAGUUGCUAUCAGAACCAUCACAGACAGAAAAUGAAGCCUUGGAGUCGGACGACCUGCCAAGAGGUGCUGAACAAGAUGAAGUAAGAUUGGAACUAGAAAGGUCUGCAAACUCCAGUCCGGCUCUGGCACCUAGAGAACGCAAAGCUGGUUGCAAGAACUUCUUCUGGAAAACCUUCACAUCUUGUUAGCCUCCACUGAAUCUCUCCCUACUGUUUGGUCCUUUAUUUUCCUACUCCUUAAAUCCCCCCCAAAAAAUAAAAAGAAAUAAACAAAGCCUUUACCACAGGAACCGAAGACUGUAAAUACCACACACAGUUAUGGUGAAUACUAAUGUUAAUUUGGAGUUGUUUAAUAAAAACUUUUAGUUGAAAUUGUAAA